AUGUCCACUACGACCGGCAACUCCUCGUCGACGCGGUGUGCGUUCUGCGGCGCUAAUGUCAGCAAUGCGUCUGCGCGGAUUCGCGUCGCGUUUGCAGCUCCGCCCGAGAUGGACCGAGGAACUGGUGCCGACGUUAAGCCACUGAAGUGGCGGUUCUUGACCAGCAAAGGCCCGUGCGCCAAGUUCAUGUGCGCCGCUUGUGCCGAGAAGCGAAAAGUGAACGUAAAGAAGGACCGCCAGCAGCCACAAGUACCUGCGAGUGACAAGUCGUGGAAACCUGAAGACACGAGGCACGACGAUCGGUUACCCCCGUCGCUCCAGCGCGACGGCGCAAUGACCUCGAGAUUGCAACAGGCAGUGAAAGCAGAGCCUCGAGAGCCGAGUCAUCACCACCCACAGCAUUCUCGACAUCAUUGCGUGCGCGAGAGGGCUCAGGUGCAGCUCGACAAGCACGAGACGCACCAUCCAGCGCUACGACGAGAGCGUCUGCACAGUCAACAGCACUCACAUGAAGAACCGACGAACGAUAGUGGAAGACGACGGGCGACGCAUACGUCCGACUGCCAGCUCGAAGACAGUGGCGGUCGUCGAAACAGUGCUACCAGCAGGAAGUCCAUAGCGCAGACGUGGCCUUCGAGUCCCGUGCCAGUGAGAGCUCCAAGUGCGGUCGCCCAGCGACGCGCGACGAUGGAAGGAGCGACGUGUCGGCCGCGAAAGCCCAGCAGCGGGCAGUCGACUGACCCCCCGCGCGAGUCGGAGAAGAAGAAGAAGCGGCUCAGCUCGACCGCCGAGAUCCUCGGCAUGUCCCAGUCGAUCAAUUUGCCGCCCAAUUACUUUGAAAUGAGCUCGUCGUCGCCCAAGAGGUACGCUGCAGCCCCAGACCCUCUGGACGAAGACCGCGCGGGCCUGCACGGGCCCCAAACAGUGGACCUUUCCAAGCCGUGCGAAAACGAAGAAGAACGUCACCGACGACGCAGUGCGUCGUAUGCCCAUAUGCUGUUGCGCAUGCGACUGCACUAUAACACGGUACAAGUGAAUGGCAAAGCUGCUCGACCUGCGUCCGCUCCGCCACGUCGGAUCCGAUCGGAACGGACGCCUUCGGUCGCUCGUCGCAACGUCACGAGCGACACGAUCACACGGGCGUCGACGACUUUUGUCAUUGAUCUCGGAUACCUGCGCGCAUACAAAGACGCGCGAUAA